UUAAAAAAAAAACAAAAAAAAAAAAAACAGUUUUUUUCUGUGAUUCUAAAUUAUAUCCCGGGAAAAAGAAACAUUUAUGACGAUAUAAAAACCAAAAAGAUGAUUGCGGAUCGUUUGUUUUUGGCAGCAAAUGUUUCUUGUAUAAUUAAAUGCUUCCAAAAACAAAAAUAUUCCUUGUAUAUUAACAGUUGGUUUUCAUGGCCGAUCAAAACUCUCAAGAAAUUGUUCCUCUCCGGCGGAAACAUGAGAAAACCAAUUCUAUAGGGAAUAAAACAUAUCAAAAGUUUGCAUUCUCAUUCCCUUGCUCUACUUCUGCUCAAGAUUUAAAAGCUUACGAUACAGAACAAAAAGACACGAACAACGAAAUAGUGAAAUACGAUACAGAGAACGAGGCAGAGACAGAGAAACCCCCGAUAAAAAAAGGCCGUAGCCAUAGCUCGAAGAUCUCGUGGGGUUGGAGAAGAUUUGUGAAGCUGUGGAAGAAGAGCCCCAUCAAGAAAUUGCCUCUAGCAGUGCCUAAAGUAGUGUCAAAAAGAAUAAGCAGAAGUUCUAGGCAAAAUAGUUUGGACAUUGAUACCUGCCCCUUCAAUUAUACUUGGAAAACUUUCACAUAUGCACAGCUCAAGGCUGCAACCAACAACUUUAGCCCAGAGAAUUUGAUUGGCAAAGGAGGUUACUCUGAAGUAUACAAAGGGUGUUUGCCAAAUGAGCAAUGUGUUGCAAUCAAGAGGCUGAACAAGGGAGUCCCAGAAGAAGAUGUGUUUAAUUUCUUAUCAGAAAUUGGAAUAAUUGCACAUCUCAAUCAUCCAAAUACUGCAAAAAUGGUGGGCUAUGGAGUUGAAGGAGGAGCAUUUCUUGUUCUCCAAUUAUCAUCAUUAGGAAGCUUGGGUGCAAUGCUUCAUAAUUCAGAUACUAAAUUGGAGUGGAGCAAGAGGUAUAAGAUAAUGCUUGGGGUAGCAGAAGGCUUACAUUAUCUACAUGAAUGUUGUGAGAGAAGAAUCAUUCAUAGAGAUAUUAAAGCUGAUAAUGUCCUUUUAUCUGAAGAUUUCGAGCCUCAGAUUUGUGAUUUUGGGCUCUCAAAAUGGUUACCUAAACAUUGGUCCCACCACAAUGCCACCAAGUUUGAAGGCACAUUUGGAUACUUUGCUCCGGAGUAUUUUAUGCAUGGAAUAGUUGAUGAGAAAAUCGACAUAUUUUCAUUUGGUGUUCUACUUUUGGAGCUUAUAACUGGGCGUCAAGCAUUGGAUGAGUCCAAGAAUAGCCUUGUGCUUUGGGCAAAGCCUUUGCUUGAUAAGAACGCAGUUUCGGAGCUUGUUGAUCCAUGUUUGGAAAAUGAGUAUAUUGAAGAGCAAAUGGGUUGGGUGAUUUCCACUGCCACUAUGUGCAUUCAGCAAAGCCCAGUUCUCAGGCCUCGAAUGAGUCGGAUGUCGUUCAGAACCCAGUAUGUAGGCAGCGAUGAAGUUGUUGUAUACAUGGCCGGGGAAGACCUUUCUCAUUCUAAUUUGAUGCGGGAGGUUCAUGAGCAAUUAGACGAGAAUGGUCAGUCACAUCAUAUGAUUUUCUACGCAUCGACCACCAACAAAGGGAGAAAAAUAAAAGUGACGUUGAAGGCUGAUUCGGAUUUGAAAUGUCUAAUUUUCGAACAAAAAAUAUAUCCCGUUGUAUACGUGAUCAAGAAGGGUUAAAAUCUGCAGUUGUGCAUCAACACAAUGAGGCUAGAUUAUACGAUUCACAGAGGUCUACUAUGUUGCCUCCCGAGAUUGGAUGCAAGUAGAAGUAUCCCCAUACUUGAUGAUCGCAACGACGAUUCGUCAUUGCAGGAAAAAGAACCCGAGUCUUCGGAUGAGGAAGAAGACGAGAGGCGGCGCAUGGAGAUAUUGGAUUCAGUGACAAUUGAAUUUGGCACUUGGAGACAGCCAGGGCAUCACAACUUCACAUCGGAGCAUCA